GUGCUUUUGUGCGCGCUGAUCGUUAUAGCUCUGCCAUUCGUGUCUUACGACAUGAAGAAGCAUGAUUAUCAGACGCAUUACAUCGCGUGGUUCAUCGCGUUUGUCUUCGUCGCGUUGUCGUUGCCAAUCACGCUGUACGAAGUGACGCAGCACCUGGAGAAUUAUCGUGCGCCGAGAUUACAGCGACACGUGAUCAGAAUAUUGUUCAUGGUACCAAUUUACGCCGUGAACGCGUGGUUGGCGUUGAGAUUCAGGUCGAACACGAUUAUUUUCGAUACGGUUCGCGAGUUUUACGAAGCUUACGUCAUCUACAACUUUUACACAUAUUGCAUCGUGUAUCUUCAAGAGUUUUGUUCACCUGGGCUGUCGUACAUCGUCGCGCGUAAGGCGACACAGCCGCACAUUUGGCCGCUGAACUUGUUCCUGCGCGCACCCAGAAUGGGUGAGCCUUUUCUGCGACUUUGUCGGCACGGGGUGAUCAACUACGUCGUCGUGCGACCGGUGACGAGCGCGGCGGCGUUCAUAGCCGACGGCAAUGGCGUGUACGGUGAAGGGCAAAUCUUGAAUCCAUGGGUGGCGUAUCCUUACUUGGUUUUCAUUAACAACUUGAGUCAGGCGUGGGCGAUGUAUUGCUUGAUUUUACUGUACAAGGUGAUGUACCGAGAAUUGGCCCCGAUAAACCCGUUUUGGAAAUUCGUCAGCGUCAAAGCCGUGGUCUUCUUUUCCUUUUGGCAAUCCAUGGCGUUCGCGGUGCUCGUGAAGACGGGGAUUAUUUCCGCCGACGAUCAAGCGUGGGCAUCCGAUUACGACGCCGCGGAGUUGGCGAACGGUAUUCAGGCGUUUUUCAUCUGCAUAGAGAUGUUCUUCGCCGCCAUCGCGCACUCGUACGCGUUCCCACCAGAAGAGUACAACAUGGGCCAAGCCGCGGCUCCACAGAGGAAGUUUAGCGAAAACAUCAUCGAACUUUUCGAUGUGCGUGAUGUGUACCAAGACAUC